AUGAGUUAUGAUUCUUCGAAGAAUAUUCAUUGCAUCUUUCAACCGUUUAUCAAAGAGGAAGAUGAUUUUAUUGAAAAGACAAGUUUCGCCAUAAUUAAAUGUGAAAAUUGUUCAUCAACUUUCCAUAAUUUCCAGAAUAUUGAAGGUACAUCUCAUCAAUAUAACUGGGUUUGUGAGUUUUGUCAAUCCAAGAACUCUAUUGGAACAGAAGCUAAAUUACAGGAUUUAAACUUACCAAAUUCGUAUACAGCAGAGCUUGUUUCUAGAUCAAAAACUAAUAGUACACAUAUUAGGGAGAAAAGAUCAAUCUUUGUCAUUGAUUGUCUUACCAAUGAAAUUGAAUUGGAGACAUUGAAAUUAGUUUUAAAUAAUCCUGAGGCUUUACCAGAAGGGAAAUAUGCUUUGAUUACUAUAGAGCCAAAGGGAAAUGUUGUAAUAAAUCUUUCAAGUGGAAAGACAGUGCCUUUUUCCAUUGAACAAAGUAAGAUUGAAAAAGCUGUCAAAAAUUUAGAUGAUGAAUUUUUCCUAAAGCAUAUUACUGUUGGGGCAGCUUGGUUUGAUUCUAAAAUUACUUUUACAAGAAAGAUAAAAACUUUGAAACCAUUUGCUAAAAAGGAAACAGCGAGGGCAAAGAAAAGACCUAAACGAGCUACUGGAUUAGCACUAUUUUUAGCUAGUGUACUAUCGCCACAUAAAAAUUGUAAUACUCAUAUCAUGUCUUUCUUGUCAGGUCCAUGUACUAUAGGACCAGGAAAGGUUGCUUCUACUGAUAUAAAGAAGCCAAUUAGAAGUCAUGAUCAAUUGGAUUCAGGAAGGGACAAAUAUUUUAUCAAAACUACUACGUUUUACGAAGAAUUUAAUGCAUAUUGUUUAGACAACAUUUGUUUUGAUUUUUUUAUCUCUUCAUUAGAUCAAACUGGUUUGUUAGAAUGGAAAUCAUUAUUAACUUCUUCCAUGUCAAUAACUCAAUUUGAUUCAUUUAAUGAUGAAAAAUUUACUGAGUCUUGGAGAAAUUAUAUAAAAUUAAGGAAUGAAUUUGCAUUAGAAUUAGCAUCUUUAAAAAUAUUAUCAACUUCUGGAAUUGUUUUCAAAAAUAAUUUGAUAGCUGAUAUUAAAUUCCAACCUACCAAGACAAAGAAUGAAAGAAUUAAUGAAAUGAAAUGGAAAUUUAAUAAACCACUAGUAUUGAAUCCAAAAAAUUUUGUAAUUCCGUGUGAGUUUGAAGUUCAUUCGGGCACACUACAGACAAUCCAAUUCCAAUUGCAUUAUUAUAAGGAUGAUCAAAGCUAUAUCAAAAUCGUGACAAUUCCAUUUAAAUUAAUACAACCAUGGAAAAACGGAUUCCAUAUAGAAAUCGAAAUUCCAUUCUUAUUGAAGAAAUUUGCACAACAAAUUUUAUUAAAGACUAUUUAUGAUACAUCUACAAUGAGUGAAUAUCUCGCUGCUGAAAUUGAUAUGUACGAGAAAAACUUACCCACAUUAUCAGAUCGAGAUUUGAAAUUAUUUUAUCAAUUGCAACGAUCUACGAUCUUACUUAAGAGAAAUACUUCGCCUGAUGAGCACAUCUUGUUAGCGCACUAUUUAUAUAAUUCUAGUACAAGCAAUUGUCUUUUCACAUGUAACCCAUUGAUGAUCAAAUUCCCCAAUGAUAAAUCUAUCAAGGGUAAGACAGAUUUAAUACCAUUGGAUGCUAGAUUUGCAACAGAUUCUCAUUCUCUCUUUGUCGAUGGAGGUGUGUUUAUCAUGGUACGAUACACAGAAGAGACUGACGAUACAGUAAAGGCCAAAGAUAUGGCUAUGACAAUCAUUAAAAGUGUAGAAAGGUACCCUAAGCCACGAUUCAUCUACACAAUGGUAGGUAAAUCACAAGAUCGGUUCUUCAAGUCCAAAUUAAUUCCAUUAACUGAAGAAGAAAGUGUUGAAUUGGGAACCCAAGACCUACCUUUUGAAAAAUUCACACAGCAUGUUCAUAAGUAA